AUGGGGAGGAAUUUGAGAAAUGGAGGGGUGUUUGCUGUGAUGUUGUUGCUGGGAUUGUUUGCUUUGCAGAUUGCUGAUGGUAGGAGGCUUGAGAAGGACACGCUUGGUGGCGGAGGCCUUGGUGGAGGCGGAGGGUUUGGUGGUGGAGGUGGCCUUGGCGGUGGUGCUGGUGGAGGAUUAGGUGGUGGAGGCGGAGCUGGUGGUGGACUUGGGGGAGGUGCUGGUGGAGGGCUCGGUGGUGGUGGCGGAGCUGGUGGUGGACUUGGGGGAGGUGCUGGUGGUGGUGGCGGAGCUGGUGGUGGGCUCGGGGGAGGUGCUGGUGGAGGGCUAGGAGGUGGUGGUGGCAAGGGAGGAGGGUUUGGUGGGGGCGUUGGAGGUGGUGGUGGCAAGGGAGGAGGGUUUGGUGGAGGUGUUGGAGGUGGUGCUGGUGGAGGAGCUGGAGGUGGAGCCGGUGGAGGGUUUGGUGGAGGAGCUGGAGGUGGAGCCGGUGGAGGAUUUGGAGGUGGAGCUGGAGGUGGAAAGGGAGGAGGGUUUGGUGGAGGCUCGGGUGGAGGAAUUGGAGGAGGAGCUGGAGGCGGAUCCGGUGGAGGAUUUGGAGGUGGUGCUGGAGGUGGAAAGGGAGGAGGGUUUGGUGGAGGUUCAGGUGGAGGAAUUGGAGGAGGAGCCGGUGGAGGAGCUGGAGGAGGAGCCGGUGGAGGAUUUGGAGGUGGAAAGGGAGGAGGGUUUGGUGGAGGUUCUGGUGGAGGAAUUGGAGGAGGAGCAGGAGGCGGUGCUGGUGGAGGGUUUGGAGGUGGAUCGGGAGGUGGGGGCGGUCUAGGAGGAGGAUCGGGAGGAGGGUUUGGUGGUGGAGCAGGAGGAGGUGGUGGAUUUGGCGGAGGAGCCGGAGGAGGUGGAGGAUUUGGUGGUGGACAUUAG